UUGGCCAGAACGGAGCGUUGUUGGCGCUAACUGAAAAUAAAUAUAACUUGUGUGCCUUUGUGUGUGCGUAUUAAUAUAGCAGGGCUGUCAAUGCGGAAGCAGCCGUUAAAUAAAACAAAUUCAAAUAGUUCACAGAGUGUGAAAUUUCGUGGAUGAGCAUGUCCCAAGUUCAUUGAUCGCUCACAAAUCGCUUGGCCCCGCUGACAAACUAAAAAUUCGAAUAUAUAUCUGAACAAAAUCAUAAAACAUACGCAUAAAUUUUGCGAUGGUAUUGCCAACUGCCUCAACAUUGUGCAAUGUCUUUACAUUUCUGCUGGCCGGCUCUCCCAUCUUCUACAGUGCAGCACCGCGUGGCAGCUGCAGCAACUGCUGUGCCAUACGCGAACGCGAGGACAUCAAGUUUCUGCUUUACACCAGGAAAAACCGCAACGCGGCCCAGCAGCUACAGUUGAGCGACGAUGGGCGACUGGCGCGAAGCAAUUUCAAUUUCAAUUACCCGCUGGCCAUCUAUCUGCAUGGCUUCUCAGAGUCUGCCAACGGGGAGAAGCAGAGCAGUCAGGAGCUAAAGGAUGCGUUUUUGCGACGUGGCAAUUACAAUGUGAUACUCGUUGAUUGGAGCGCCAUGGUGGCUGUGCCCUGGUACUCCAGCGCCGUAGAGAAUCUGCCUAUUGCCGCGCGCUAUCUGGCCCGAUUUCUGCGCUAUCUCGUCAGUAGUGGCUAUGCUGUAAAGCAUAUACAUCUGAUCGGGUUUAGCUUGGGUGCCGAGGUAGCCGGCUUUGCCGGCAAACAGCUGCAGGAGUGGGGCAUCAAGCUCACCAGAAUAACGGCCCUGGAUCCAGCACUGCCACUGUUCGAGGGCAACAGCUCCAAUCGUCGCCUCAGCUCAAGCGAUGCACGUUUUGUGGAUGUAAUACACACGGAUGGCGGCAUAUUGGGCAAUCCGAAAGCCAUGGGACAUGCUGACUUCUAUCCGAACGGCGGACGUCCUCUGCAGCCGGGCUGUGCGAAGCAGGAAAUCGCCAAUAAUCGCUGGCUGAACAUCAUCAUUGGCUGCAGCCAUCAACGCGCCUGGGAGUACUUUGUAGAGAGCAUCCGUCACCCGCUGGCCUUCCCCGUCGAGCGGUGUGAGCCCUCGCAACACUUUGGCAUCUGUCGAGAUGGCAACGGACGUGCCUACAUGGGCUACGGUGCUGAUCCAAGACUGCGCGGCAAUUUCUUUUUGGAGACGAACGAUGCCAAGCCAUUUGGACGGCUGAGUCAGCCGUCGUCGUCAAUACCUCAGCUGCCCAUCACCUACAAAAUGCCAGUGAAUGCCUUCAGGGAGUCUGCACAACUGCAACAGAAGCAGGAGCUGGAGCAGCAGCUGGAAGAUGACAACAACACGCUGAGCAACAACAUUGCAUUGACGUGACAAAAUGUUGAUUGUGCCCCCAGUCUCCAUUAACAUGAGAUUUAUGUGAGGGCGCGUGAUUUUGUCGCACACAAACCCGUUGAAGGUUUCUGCCUUCCAUCACGCUCUCGUCUUUUUCGUUUAUCUAAGUAGAUGUAAGUUGUCUUGUGAUCUGUCUGAUAAGUAUUGUUAGCACGUAAGCUAUUGUUACUUUUACUUUGAAAAGAAAAUACGCAACAAUUGAAUGGCAUUUGACAUGCGCUUUUUCUCCUUGUUGCAUUUGCGCCUUUCUCGAAGGAUGCACUUGAGCAGCA